AUGGCUAUCCUCGCUAUCCCAACCACCGACUUCCCCUAUGCCGCAGAGUCAUCACCCGCUCAACAGUUCGACCCGAACACGAGCUCGGGGAAGCAUGGCCCAUCUAUCGCAGUCAGCGCCGCCAUCAUCGCCAUCGCCGCUCUAAGCAACAACGUUGACUUGGAAAAAUGCAUGUCCAUUCCCACCGGCCCUUUGCCCGUGCUCGCUUUCAAAACAUCCGAUAAGUAUACCAGUGGGCGCACGUCUCACCUUCAACCCCGGCUGGUCGCACACUGUCAGCCGCCAGGCACCCGUCAUACAACGCCACUCUCACAAGUGCCCCCUGCUAAAGCGACCAUCAAAUCGAGCGACCAGAUUCGAGCCAACUUUGCUAAACUGAUCAAGAGCUCACGACUGGACUUGUCUGCUGCAUUUGCCUCCAUCCCCCUCGCUACCCCAAGGGAGAACAGCUGCUUCGUGCAGAACUUAGGGCCCGGUCUGCUCGUCGAGAUCGGUUUGCGCGCUUGA